GUAUGUUUUGAGCACUGUUGCAUUUUUCGUCGAAGAUCCCCCUGUAGGGGCACACGCCCGACUUAACAGUGGUGGCUUGCCGCCCGCCCCCGAGGGCGGGCCGGCGUCCGGCGCCGUCGCCGCUCCUCCCCGGGGGGGGGUCCAGGGCAGGGCUGCGGCAGCGGUGGGCACGGCUGCCUCCUGGCAGUGUCGAGUCGGGCGGGCAUGUGUCCCUCUGCAGGAGGGACGUUCUCGCAAAUGGCCGAAAUCUAGGCUGGGGAAAUGAUUUGUCGACCAGUCUUCAUGUUUUUGCUGGGGGCAUUUGCUGACUGUCCAUGUUUGAAAAUCCGACUGUAUGUAGGAGGACAUGCCCGACCUAAUGGCAGUGCUCCGAGGUGACCCUGGAGACCCCAGACGGCACGCAGGAGUUCGAGUGCCCCGAGGAUCGGAGGAUGUGUACAUCCUCGACCAGGCGGAGGAGGAGGGCCUGGAGUUGCCCUACUCCUGCCGCGCGGGCUCGUGCUCCAGCUGCGCCGGCAAGGUGCUGUCUGGCGAGAUCGACCAGUCGGACCAGGCCUUCUUGGACGAGGACCAGACUGGGCAGGGCUUCUGCCUCACCUGCGUGACAUAUGCCACCUCGGAUGUCACUAUCAAGACGCAUUGCGAGGACGACCUCUGAGUGCAGCGUGGCUGCUUCACCUGCAGAGUGCCAGGGUCACCGCUGGCCACGGUGCGAGUCGGAUAUAUAGAGAGAUUAGUAAAAAGCCGUGGCAAGGGCCAGAUGAGGCCACCACGGAGCUUGCUCGACGCAUCCUCUCGAUCGAUUCACAGAAAAUGCUGAUAGUGUAUGGUUAAGCCUGACCACACAAUUUUCCGUGCGUCGCGCGCAUCUCCACACUGGCGUGCAUUGCCGCAUCGAGGAGCGAGCGGACGAGGAAAUAAA